AUGAAGGUCUUCGCGGCGCUGCUGUGCCUGCUGCUUACAGCAGCCGCCUUCAGCUCCCAGGCGCUUGCUCUGCCAGAUUCCGUUUCCAUCCCAGUCACCUGCUGCUUCAGUAUGGUCCACAAGGAGAUCCAUGUCCAGAGGCUGAAGAGCUACACAAGAGUCACCAACAGCCAGUGCCCCCAGGAAGCUGUGAUCUUCACGACCAAAAGAGACAAGGAGAUCUGUGCUGACCCCAAGAAAAAGUGGGUCCAGGAUACCAUGGACCUCCUGGACAGCAAGACCCAAGCUCUGUAGCCUUGAACCUUCACAACUGGAUUGAGAGACAGUCAGAGCCUGAGGACAACCUUAUUUAUUUUCCCUCAACCUUCCCCAGGUGCAGAAUGAUAUUAUUUUAUUACAAUGUACAAAAAGUGGCACUUGGGUUAAUAAUGUACAGCACAACAUUAUUUACAUAAUAUUUAAUUAUGUUUUAAGUUAUUGAUGUUUGCCUUUAUCUGCCAUAAAUCCUAAUGAAUGUAAAAUGCAAAAUCUGGUGAUGUUUCCUUUUCUGUGAGCCCAGUUAAGUUCAUGGCCAGAGGUAAUUGCCUUUAGUAUUGUGAAGUUCUCCUGUGGAUCAUCAAAGUGAAACACCCCCGUAUUUUUAACAGAUAUGGGCUUUUGUAAAUGUUGUUGAUGAAAUUAAU